AUGUUCACUAAACUAAAAAACUUUUCUGAAGAUGUUGCUAAGAGCUUCAACGAUAUUAAUCAUGACGGUACCAACGGAAAUGUACACACGCCGAGCCGACUCAAGAAUCCUAUUAACGAAUUGAAGAAUGAAUCUAAAGUAUUGAAUACAAAAACACCCGAUGCAAAAGACUUAACACAGCCAGAAGAUGAACCAAUAUCCAAAAGCCUGUCUCCAUCACUCGCAGAUAACAAGACCGAUCCUACGAAGAACCAAACUAUCGAUCUAGCAGAGUUACCUCCAUCUAUUAGAUCCAAGAUGAAAAAGUUCGCUAAAUAUGAGGAGAAAUAUCCCAUUUUAUUAGAAGCAUUUAAAACAGAAAAGAGAAAAGCCGAGUUAACUGUAUCGUUUGAGAAAGUAUUGCAAGAAAACACACCAAUUUCGAGUAUUUCCGAUGCAGGCUUAUUAGUAGAAUAUCUAAAUGGCAUUAAUGAGAAGACUACAAUGUUAAAUGAAGAGAUGAGAAAAUAUGCAAAAGAAAACUCCAUCUUGAAUGAAAAAUUAAAGGAUGUUGAAAUUCGAUUGAAGGAAGCGCUAGAAAAAGAUAAAGAACCCGAAAAUGAAGGCAUAUCGUCUCAGGAUUCAGACGAUGAAAUUGAGAAACUCAGAAAUACCAUAUCGGAUUUGAAAGAGAAAUUAGAAAAGAAGCAAGCUGAAGACAAACCUGUAGAAGAGAAAGGAAGAGAAAAUGAGAAGGAGGAAGAGACAGACGAUAGACAAACUAAACAAUCAGAAGAAGUUGACGGCUAUAAGAAAGAUAUUGAAUCUUAUAAGAAAGAAAUUGAAAGUGUAAAGGAUAAAUUAAAGAAAUCUGAAUUUUCAUCAAGAAAUAUUAAGGAUGAAUUAAGCGCUGCAAUCGAAAAAUCUAACUCAUUGGAGAAGGACUUGAAGAAAUUAAACGAUACGUCAGAGAAUGACAAUGAGACAACAGGAUUGAAGACUAAAUUAGAAGAGUACAAGAAACAAGUGGCAGAAUUAGAAGAUGUCAAUAAUACAUUAGAGACUGAAAUAGAGAACAAAAAUAUGGAACUUGAAAGAUUUAAAGAUAAAUCGGGUGCGAUACAAAACGAUCUUAAUAACACGAAUAAAUCGAUUGAAACUUUGAAUUCUGAGGCUCAAGUGUUGAAUGAAAGGGCUAGUGAUUUGUCAAAUCAGUUGGAUGAAAAAAACAAGAUAAUAAAAGAAUUAGAACAAAAUCAAUUCAAUGCUGGGCAAGAAAUCGAAGUGACAACUCCAGCUACACCAUCUUCAAAUAACAAAAAGAAUAAGAAGAAGAAUAAGAAGGGUGGGAAGAAAACCUCGACUGCAGAAAAACAGAUAACAAUGAACAAGGAAGCUGAACAAGGAUUGGCGGCUGAAUCUGAGGAUAUGCGAAACAAAUAUGAUGAAUUAAAGAAGGAAAACGAACGGAUCCAAUCUUGCUUGAAGGAAAUCGAUUCUAGUAAGCAAGAAAUAUCAGAUGAAUUAAAACGAACUAAAGAGAAAUAUGAUAAGCUUGUUCAGGAACAUGAUGAAUUAAUAACAAAUCAUAAGAAAGCUAAAUCAGACUUAAAACUUAAGAUCGAAGACGUUGAUCAUUUAAGGGACCUGUUGAAAACUAUUGGCGAUGACUUAGUUCAAGCAAGAGAUGAAAUCAAAGAAUUGAAAGCAAAGUCUAAAUCAGUAAAGCUUAAUAAUGAUGGAGGCUUGAAAAAAGAAUUAACGGAAAUGCAGGCUAAAUUCAAAGAAUUAAAUAAAUCGAAAGAAGACGUAGAAAAAUCUAAGGAAGAACUUUUGAAAUCGAUCGAAGAUAAUAAUUCUUCCAAUGAAGAGUCAUUGAAUACUGUUAGGGACGAAAAACAAAAACUAGAGAAUAGUUUACGUGAAUUAACAAAAGACUUGAAAGCUAGUAAGGAAAAGAAUUCUGAUCUUGAGAAUGAGAUCGGAAAGCAUUUGAAGAGCAUUGAAGAUAAUGAUUUAUCUCAAAGACUGAAUAAAGGAGACUAUGAUGCAUUGAAUAAAAAGCAUUCAGCUUUAACAUCUAAGUUCGAAGAUACUAAUAAACAAUUUGAAAUAGUUAAGCAAGAAAAAAACGAUUUGAAUAAAAGAAUAAAAGAAUUGUCGGAAUUCAAAAGUAAUGAUACUUCCCUCAAAUUAGAGAUUGCAUCAUUAAAAACAUCUAUUAGCCAUAAAGAUCAAUUAAUCGAAGAUUUUAAGAAAAAAAUCGAUGCAUUGAACAAACUGAACGAAGAAUUAUCAGGAUCUAUAUCUAAAUUAAAAACAUCGAAUAACGAGCUACAAAAUAGUAAUAAGGAUUUGGUUUCAGAAAAGAAUACAUUAGUUACUAAGCAAGAAUUAUCAUUCGAGAAGAAUAAUUCUUUGAAUAAUGAAUUAUUGAAACUUCAAUCGGAGAAACAAAAACUUUCAACAGAAUUAGAAACUAUGAAAGACAAACACGAUUCUUUGGUGAAGGAUAAGACUAGCUCAAGUAAUUCUAUCCAAACAUUUAGACAGCAAUAUGAAGAACUUUCUAUGAAGUCAAAAGAAUCAUUGUUGAGAAUUGACAACCUUGAGGACGAACUUAACGAGUCCAGAACAAUGUUACAGGAGAGAACAAGAGAAUCAUCCACUAUAAGGCGUAUGUUAGUAGAUGCAGAAGAACAACUUAAGUUGAAAAAUCACGAUUUUAAAAGUGAACUCACAAAAAUAAGUAAAGAAAAAAGUGAGAUUGAAAAUAACUGCCAGGCAUUGAUUAAGAAAAAACAAAGAGAAAUCGACGAAUUUAAAUCGAUUACGGAUAACUAUUUAUUGAAGAUCCAAGAUUUAGAAAAUAAAUGUAAUGAGUUAAAGCAACAGUACGAGGAGUUGGAAUCAGAGAAGCUGAAGAAUAAGAAUACUAUUUCGGAUAAGGAUGAAAAUUUCGAAGAAACUCAACAGACAAUUGAAACUUUAAGGAACUCAUUACAAGCUUCUUCAAAAAAAGUCAAGGACUUUGAAAACCUAAACAAUAUUUUAAAAAAAUUAAACGAAGAGUCUAAUUUGAAAUUUGAAAGGUUGUCAAAAAAUUAUAAGAUUCUUACUCAGCAGUAUAAACAAAUUAAGUCAUCCAAUGAUUCUCCAAUUCAAAGCCAUGCGCAAUCUUCUGAAUCAUUGACAAAAUCACCGUCCACUUCAAGUAGACAUUCAGCUGACGAUUCAAGCUCCGAAUCUUCGAACCAAACGAACGUUGCAUACUUAAAAAAUGUCCUUCUUGGAUUUUUCGAACAUAAGGAUCAAAGAGACCAAUUAUUACCUGUAGUAAAGACUUUGUUCAAUCUUAGUUCUGAUGAUGAGAAGAAAUUCUUACUAGCUUUAAAAUAG